AACAAUAACAGUUCAUCAAAAAAAGAAAAGAAUACCGAAACAGAGUAAAAAGGUUAAAUUCGGAAUUCCAUCUUCUCAACUGAAUCAUCAUCGAAUCUCCAAAUCCUCUCAAUUCCAAAAAUUAGGGUUCAACAUUUUCACAAUCCCAAUUUCAGCGAUGAAAGAAAGUAACGGUAAGAACAGUAUCGAAAAAUCAGAUCAAGAUCAAGAUCUAGGGUUAUACUUUUUGGAAUUGUGUAGUAGAAAAGUGAAAGAAGAGUUAAAAGAUUACAACGGUGAUGGUGAUGGUGAUGAUGAUGAAGAGAAAGAGGAAUCACCGAGCGAGCUCAAUACUAUAAAUAGUUCAGGUGGUUUUGUUGUUGUUGCUACGGAUAAACUUUCAGUGAAGUAUACAAGUGUUAAUCUUCAUGGUCAUGAUGUUGGUGUUAUUCAAGCUAAUAAAUUUGCUCCGAUGAAAAGGCUUGUUUAUUAUUUUGAGAUUUUUGUUAAAGAUGCUGGUGUUAAAGGUCAAGUUUCUAUUGGGUUUACGUCUGAGAAUUUCAAGAUGAGAAGACAACCUGGGUGGGAGGCUAAUAGCUGUGGAUAUCAUGGGGAUGAUGGUUUCCUUUAUCGUGGACAUGGCAAAGGAGAAGCUUUUGGUCCAACCUAUACCACUGGUGAUAUAGUUGGUGCUGGAAUUAACUAUGCUUCUCAGGAAUUUUUUUUCACUAAAAAUGGGCAAGUUGUUGGCACAGUUUACAAAGACAUGCAGGGUCCCCUUUAUCCAACCGUUGCUGUUCAUAGCCAGAAUGAAGAGGUACAUGUCAACUUCGGGCAGAAACCAUUUACCUUUGACCUAAAGGAAUUUGAAGCUCAAGAAAGAAUGAAGCAGCAAGUGAAAAUAGAGGAAAUACCUGUGGCACCAAAUGCCAGUUAUGGAAUUGUCCGUUCCUACCUGCUACACUAUGGCUAUGAAGAUACAUUGAAUGCAUUUGAUGUGGCUAGUAAGAGUACAGUUCCUCCUAUAAAUAUAGUGCAAGAAAAUGGUAUUGAUGACCAGGAAACAACGUAUGCAUUGAAUCACAGGAAGACUCUACGGCAGCUAAUCAGGGAUGGGGAGAUUGAUGUUGCAUUUGGUAAAUUGCGUGAAUGGUAUCCCCAGAUUACUGAGGACAAUACAUCAGCUAUGUGUUUUCUGCUUCAUUGCCAAAAAUUCAUUGAACUAGUUCGGGUUGGAGAACUGAAGGAGGCUGUCACAUAUGGAAGAAUAGAAUUGUCACGGUUUUUUGGGUCGCCAGUCUUUGAGGAGUUAGUUCAGGAGUGCGUUGCUUUACUGGCCUACGAACAACCAUUAGAAUCUGCCGUAGGUUAUCUCCUAAAAGACUCGCGGCGUGAAGUUGUAGCAGACUCGGUAAAUGCAAUGAUAUUGUCUACAAAUCCCAACCUGAAAGAAACGAAAAAUUGCUUACACUCUAAUCUCGAGAGGUUACUAAGACAGCUCACUGCGUCUUGCUUCGAGAGACGAUCAUUGAGUGGAGAUCAGGGAGAAGCUUUUCAACUUCAAAGAGUGCUUAACGGUGGUAAAAAGAGCUAAUGCCUACAUUUCUAUUCAUCUUCUGACUCUACUGUUCAUAUCACCCUUUUGUUUGGUUUUAGAACAAUGCCAAAUGAUCAAAAUUGAUCUUAGGGUCCCAUAUACUGUGGAGUCCCCAUCUAUGUACAUGUUGAUUAUCUUUUUUAGGGAGUGGAUGGUUUGUGUAUAUUCAUGUAACCUUGUAACUUUUUCAUAAUAAAAACAAUGGAAAUUAGAUAUUGUGAACUA